AAAAUUUAUUUAACAGUUAAAACAUAAAUGUACCUUUUCACUCCAUUUCUUAUGUAAAAUGAAUGCGUUCACCAAGCCUAUACGGCUCUUUGUGCAGCUAGUAUUUCUAGAAGUAACUUUUUCUGAAAGAUUUAUUGCUGGCAAUCAACUCGCCAUGUGCUCUACUUUUCCGCGAUUCAUUAGAAGAUUGACGGCUUUAAAAUGCUCUCACCGAAAUGAUGACUUUAAAAUAAAUGAAAUAGUAUACAAUGCAUCUAUUCGAGCGACUGAUGCUUGCCAACAACAAUUCAAAAGUCGGUAUUGGAACUGUUCCUUAUCAACUCAUAGCAAAAUUGCACUUCAAGCUUAUCCUGAAACAGCUUUUUUAUUUGCUAUUUAUUCCGCUGGACUUGCACAUUCAAUGGCAUUUGCUUGUUUACAAGGAAUAAUAGAAAACUGUAAGUGCCCGUUAUCAACGAGAAAGGUCUAUAAACUGACAGAAACAAAAACAAUAUUUGAAGAUACCUGCAUGGAAAAUAAUAUAGAAUAUGGAAUUGCAGAAUCAAGAAAGGUACUUCAAAAUGAUAAAGAAAGCGAUCCCAGAUGGAAGAUUGAUGAACAUAAUAAAGAAGCUGGUAGAUUGGCACUACGCGUUAAAGAUAAGGACUUACCACUUAACUGUCGUUGUCACGGAGCUUCUGGUGCCUGUGCCGUAAGAAAAUGCAUUCAACAACUACCUUCUUUUAAUACUAUUAGCGUUCAAGUUAUGGACAAAUACUUGAACGCAAUUUAUGUUGGUUCAGAUAAUAAUGGAAUAUCACCCCAACUCAUACCUCAAGAUGGAAAACAAAAAAUAACUCCUGUUGACCUUGUCUACAAUGUUGAAAGCCCAAAUUUUUGCGAGUACGAUCAAAAAACGGGGAGUUUAGGCACAAAAGGAAGAAUCUGUAAAAAAGACAGUCUAGGUUCUGAUAGCUGUGAAAAACUUUGCUGUAACAGAGGUUUUAUCGAAAAAACAACAAAUAGUACUGUGGCUUGUCGAUGCAAGUUUACUUACUGCUGCCAGGUGACUUGUGAUUCGUGUCAAAAAUUAACAAUAACACAUUAUUGUAAAUAACUUUUUUUUUAAAAUGACUAAAUACGAAAUUAUAUAUGUUAUAUAUAAUGUUAUAUUAGAA